CGAGACUGGUUCUGUUAGAGAAAUAAAACAACCUCCAAGUCUGUAUGUAGGCGUAGUAAAUUAUUCUGCUUUCUAUUCUUCACUUUUCGGUGAACGAAUCGGAAAACUCCAAUCUGGCAGGAUUUUCACGGAGGGAAAGAUUUGUAUUUGUAUUAACAUUUGUAUAACUAAAUGAUCCAUUUGGUUCUGGUUCACUGUUAAAUUCAAUGAAUAAUUUUAUACUACUUUGUUUUUUUUUCAAAUAAAUGAUAAAGAAUUGCGACAUGUUUAGGAUACAGGUGUUGAAGCAUUAGAUCUGACACCGGGGACUGGCUGGUUACGUCACUGUGGGAGGCUGUUACCGUGUCGCUGUCGGAGUUUGAAAGGAGACACAGCGGACCGGAGUCAGACAGGACGCAGGGUGUUGUCGAUACUAACUUGGCUGUUUGGUGCCUCUUCGUGAUUUGUUAUUUUAUCAAUAGUGUCGUCCCAUUGAAUACACUAGUGUCAACGCUGGCUACUCUUCAGAGGAAAGAGGAGCUCGGAUUUAAGCUCCAGGAUGCUGAGAGGGGCGCGAAGAUGAGCGUGACGUCCUGGUUCCUGGUCAGCAGCUCCGGCACGCGCCACCGGUUGCCACGGGAGAUGAUCUUUGUGGGGCGCGAGGACUGCGAGCUGAUGCUACAGUCUCGCAGCGUGGACAAGCAGCACGCGGUGCUCAACUACCAUGCUGCCUCUGAUGAGCACAUGGUGAAGGACCUGGGCAGCCUGAACGGGACCUUUGUGAACGACCUCAGGAUCCCAGAUCAGACCUACAUCACCCUCAAGCUCUCUGACGUCAUCCGCUUUGGAUACGAUAUCCUUUUUAGUUAUCUGAGGCAAGCAACCUUCAGUUCUGCUGUAUCGAUUACAGAUGUUUAUUCAUGGUUCAGAAUAACUGAGAUUCCAGUGGUGGUCAGAGCUUCAGGCUGCACUCAUUGAUGGAAUUAGUUUUUUCUUUGCUACUGUGGUUUAGGCUCCAGACUAGCCCGGCAUGUUAAUUCCCUGUGGUUUCAGUCAAGGGUUUCAGAUUAUGUUCAACUGUGGAUCAGAAAUCUCCUUCCUCUGUGACCCCCAGAGCUGGUAGACAGGAGGGAUACUGGAGAUAAGCGGCUUACAACUGGAGAUGUUUAGGCCACAUGUUGUCGUAAAGGGCUGUAGAAUGUACGAGGUCACGUCUCAGUAAUCGUUAGUUCCCUGGAGGUUAAAGGUCAGAGGGUAGUGUGGGUGAUGCAGUACCUAUGAUACGGGUGUCUGUGAUGUCCUUCAGUGUUUGUGUCCUGACCCUGACAUGCACAUGCACACGUGUACAUCCUGGAGAGGAGCCAACACAAGGUCCCGGAGGAAGCGCUCAAACAUGAGAAGUACACCAGCCAGCUGCAGAUGAGCAUGAAGUCCCUGGAGGCCAGGAGCAAGGAGAUGCUGCAGUCUGGGAGCAGCAGGAACGGCGACCCUCCCCUCUCCCGGCAGGAGAAGGACUCAGAGCGCAGAGCAGCCCCAGCUCACAGCGAGGCCCCAGUGUCCAGACCCACUCCCCUGUACGGCCAACCCUCCUGGUGGGGCGAGGAGGACGAGGAGGAGGAGCAGAGGACUGAGGAGGAACACACAGAGAACAGCAAGGAUGUCGAUGGUGCUCUCCCAGACGGCAGCUCCAUCUUCUCCCACCGGGAGCCGCGCUACUUUGAGAUCCCCACCAAGGACAUCCAGCUGCAGAGCCCCAGGAAGACCGAGCCCCAGGAGUCCCAUCUGCACGAGCGACCCACCAAGGACACCAGCCCCGCCCCCUGCCCCGCCCCCACGCCCCCCGCGGUGCAGAGCCACGCCUCGUUCACCAUCGAGUUUGACGAGUGCACGCCUGGCAAGAUGAAGAUCAAGGACCACGUGACCAAGUUCUCGCUCCGCCAGCGCAAACCCCCAGGCAGGGAAGCGGUCGGCACGCCCACCGAGGUGAUGUCAGCGGAGAGCAAGGUGGCUGAUUGGCUGGUGCAGAGCGACCAGAGCGUGAUGAGUAGGAGUUUACGCUCUGAAGACGUGUACCGACCCAAACACAGCCAGGCCAAAGGUCACCUUCACGGAGAUGGAACUCACAGUGACUCAGAGGAACCAGAGAAGAUCGUCCAAUCACGUCCACCCAUCGCAUCGCCGGCUUCUCUCCCCCCCCAGACAGCCUCGUACCCCAAGCUGUCCCGCCCCCGCCCUCCUCCAGCCUCCUCCCCGCUCUCCUCCUCCCCCUCAGAGUCCAGCUUCCCUCCUCCUUCCCAGGACAAGUCAGAUCUCCAGCAGGCCUUCGUCAUCGAGUUCUUUGAUGAAAACACGAGACAGAAACGCUCCCAGUCCUUCACCGCCCCCCAGCCCAGCCCUGGAUCCCCUAACGCCAAGGUGGAGAGACGGAGGGGUCACGGCCAGGGGGAGGAGAGACCAGGCCCCUCUCUAGGCCCCUCCAGCCUCAGCAGCGCCCCUACCCAGCAGUACACGGUGCCCCUGAAGGCCCCUGGCUCCUCGGGGCUCCAGAGGGCCGGCUCCCUCCGGAGGGAGAAGACCGAGGAGCGCAUCAGCAGCGGCCCCUCCUCCCGCUCCUCCUCCUCCAGGCCGUUCAGCAGCGUGGGACGCAGGUCCAGGCUAGCGCAGGACUUCACUGAGUCUGUGAGGCAGGCCAAGCUGAGACAGCCCACCCCCAGCUGGGAGAGAGAGUCUGAGGCCGUAUCACCUCCAGAGAGCCCAGAGCCCAGCCCUGCGAUUGCCCCCAGCCUCCCCGACCCCCCCGCGCCCCUCCCUGACCGCCACCUGCCCCAGAGCUGCCCCCCUCCCAGCCAGCCGGCUCCUCUGAAGCCCCCCCUGGUGAGCCCCCGGGGAUCAAGGACCGAGGAGGAGGACAGUCUGAGCGACGCAGGGACCUACACCAUCGACAGUGAGCUCCAGGAGAAUGAUGUUGAUGUGGAAGAGGCUCGCAGCAGGAUCGACCAGGUGUUUGGUGUUGAGCGCCUCGUGCCGCCCAGCCCGGCUGCAGACAGGGCAGGGCGUGGCCCUGCGCUGGCCGGGGCGGGGCAGGAGCGUAGUGAGGGUAGCAGUGGGGAGCUUCCAGCUCCUGCACAGGCAGGCAGGCUGGAACAGGUGCGGCGUGGCGUGGCGCAGAGCCCCAGGUGGGUGUCACGCUGGGCCAGCCUGGCUGAAAGCUACUCUCCCUCCAGCACUGCCUCUGGCCUCGCUCACAUCCCGGCCCACAUGGACCUGUCAGGAGAAGGUAGCAGAAUCCUCCACCAGGUGGCGCUGCGUGACAGGAACCAGGACAGCUCAGAGGCCCCGGCCACCAGAAUGCACCGCGCCCUGCCCCCCGAGACUCCCAGCAUCCACCUCCACCAGGACGCCCGCCCGUCUGGCGGGGGGGAGACGGACGGGAGCCUGGCCGUCGCCCAGAAACAGGGGGACCAGCCCGGGCUGGGUGUGUGCGAGGAGGUGGAGCCUGACAGUCUGAGCGACGCCAGCAGGUCAGACGACGGCUUGGUGGUGGAGCAGAGGAGAGACGUGUGUGGGAGACCCCAGAAGAGCCCGUCUCACCGCCAGGAGGAGCCUCAGGGACCCCCGGCCAAGUCCACGUCCUUCUACAUCGGCUCUGAGGAGCGCCCGGCCAAGCAGGAGCAGGGCUGCCAGCCAGCCACGCCAAAAACGGAGCGGAAACAAGCACCCCCUCCCAAGACCUUCUCCACCGCCACCCUCACCAAGCAGAGAGGCAGCCCUGAGGUCCAGCCGGUCCGGCCCAGCGCCUCUGCCCCCAGCCUGCAGGACGGCCAGAGCCCCCGGGACAACACAUCCUCCUCCCCAGCCUCGCUGCUCAGACAGGAGAGCUUUACCAAGGACCGGCCCAGCCAUGUCGGCAACAUCACCCUGCUCCCAAACAUCUCCAACCAGCCGGCCUUCAGGAACCAGGACCCUGCGGAGGCCCACCAGGAGACGCAGUCCUACCUCAGAGACACCCAGGAUGUCCUGGCCUCCCUGGAGGCCAAGCUCCAGGCCCAGCAGGACGCCCCCGCUCCCCGCCCCGUAGAAGACUCCCUCUCUGGGGAAUCAGACAUGGACACCUCCAGCACCUUCAGCCAGCGCAGCGGGAAGACGGCCGCCACCAGCGCCCUCCAGAGGGAGAGGUCCACCGCUAGCUCGCUCAGUCAGGACUCGGAGCGCCUGCCUCUGGCCCGGGCCCGUCCGUCCCAGAGCAGGAGAGCCCAGGGGGGGGAGGAGAAGCCCAGCGGCAGGCCGGGGCUGAGACGUGGUGCCAGCCAGCACGGAUCCAUGGACCUGAGCGACGACCCCCAGAGCUGGCCCAGCACUGUGUCCUCAGACCAGGAGGGUGGCCCCCACGGCCCCCGCAGGAGGCAGCCCACCCCCCAGAGGGAGGAGGGAGCUACUGCAUUUCUGAGCGCCGUGGGCCGGGUCCUGGCCCGCUCCAGCAGCCUGUCCGCCCCCAGGGCCACCAGGGCCUCCAUGCUGCGCCGGGCUCGCCUGGGCGAGGCCUCCGACAACGAAGGCCCCGAGACGGAGAGGGUCUCACCCGGCUCCCAGGAGGCGGCGGGGCCUCCUGCCAGGAACGCCCAGGAGAAGAAGCUGUCCAGGCUGGAUCUGCUGGCCAUGCCCCGGAAGAGGACCGGCUCCUUCACCACCCCCAGCGACACGGAGGCCUCAGCCGUGCCCGGGGCGGCGGGGAGGGCAGGAGGGUUCUCCAACCGCAGCUCAGACUCCAACAGCAGCUCCGUCCGCAAGGCCUCGGUCCCCGUGACCAAGCCUUCCCUGCAGCGGCCCCCGGGGGGCGCUGGGAAACCCCUCACUAGACUACGCUCCUCCUCAGCCAAGUACGCCAGCAGCACGGCCAGCUCUCGGAGGCGACACAAGGGCUCCGACUACACCUCCACCUCUGAGGAGGAGUACGACUCCACCCAGAGCGCCCCUAAACACACACGCUCCUCCCGCCCCCCCCCAGCCUCCAGCAGCCCCCGCUCCCAGCCUCGCCCACAGCCCCUGGUGGCCCGGCGGCCCCACACGGGACCCCCCGAGGAGGACAGCCACGAGGGGGAUGCCCUCCAGACCUGGUCCACACACAGCGCACAGAUAGCCAAACUGAGUCAGGACCUGGCUAAGGACCUGGCCAUCCUGGCCAGGGAGAUCCAUGAUGUGGCAGGAGAAGCAGACUUGCCCAGUUCCCCCAGCCCAGAAGCGGCCCCUGGGGCCAGCGCCUCCCCCGAGGCCAGUUCCCCCGCUGCCAGCACAGCCCACCGCAGCCAGUCGGGGCGGCUCCUCCCUGAGGCUGGUCCCACCCGGCAGAGACUCCCCCCUGGUCCUGGCCCUGGCCCUGGCCCUGGUCCUGGCCCUGGUCCUGGCCCUGGUCCUGCUCCGGCCAGGCGUGCAGACGACAUGCAGCCAGAGGACUCUAGACUCCUGGGAGGGGAGCAGGAGGAGGUGGUGGACAGCCUCAUGCUGGACCCCGUGGCCCAGAUCUCCAUGGCUAUUCGACAAAACACAGAGCUGCUAACAGAGAAGAUCAAAGUGCUGUUUCAAAACAAGACCGAGGUCUGGGAGGAGAUCGAAGCCAAGAUUGAUGCUGAGAAUGACACACCUUUUCUGAAAACCUCCAACAAGGAGAUAACAUCGAUUCUGAAAGAAUUGAGGAGAGUUCAGAAGCAACUAGAAGUGAUCAACACCAUCAUCGAACCAAACGGACAGCUAGACCCAUCCAGGGUGUUCACCCCUAACUACCCGUCCUCAGGUGGAGCCCGGCUCUCCAGGGCCCUGCCCAGAGACUGGAGACACCCAGCCCAGCCUGGCCCCCACAGGGCCCCUUCCCAGCCUGGCUCCCACAGGGCCAGCGAGGGCUACAGGAGGGCCAUGAUGUCAGACGAAGAUGGCUAUGUGGUCUGAGGGAACGAGGUCCUGUCUGAAACUUUGGCUCCAUCCUUCCCCUCCCCUCCUCCCCUCCUCCCCCCUCCCCCCUCCCCUCCUGCCCCCUCCCCUCCUCCCCCCUCCCCUCCUCCCCUCCAGCUGUAGCUGUCUCCCAGUGAGGCCUGCCUCUCAGGGUUGUUCUGAGAGGGAAGUGAGAGCAGCUGUCCUGCUCUGAGUGCUGUGCUAGGUUGCUGUGCUAGGUUGCUGUGCUAGGUAGCUUUGCUAGGCGAGCUAUGCUAGGCAAGCUGUGCUAGUUAGCUGUGCUAGGCAGCUGUGCUAGGUAGCUGUGCUAGGCAGCUGUGCUAGGCAGCUGUGCUAGAUAGCUGUGCUAGAUAGCUGUGCUAGGUAGCUGUGCUAGGCAGCUGUGCUAGGCAGCUGUGCUAGGUAGCUGUGCUAGGUAGCUGUGCUAGUCAGCUGGACUGAUGAGACUGGUAGA